AUGGCCUUGUGCAAUACUGUUUCAGAGUAUUUGAGCGCCCAAAAUCAAGUUCCGCGUUCAGAUGAACUUUCUGCGCUUUUGCCAAUUGUGUCGGAAAUUAAUCAGGAGAUCCGCACAUUGACUUCGUCACAAGAUGGUCGUGCGGGUCGCGACUAUAUGGAUGUGGCACCUUACUAUCCGUGGUUGCCUGGAAGCAACACAUCUACAUACUGGUCCCCAAAUACCCGUGACGAACGCGAGGCCAAACCAAUCCGCAUUGACGAAGGCAAAUCCCAAUUUCAGAGAGAGAAUUCUAGCGUUCGAAACAAGUCUGAGCGUGCUAUACAACGUGGGAUCCGCGUAUCCGCCGCUGCGGAUGAACCUGGCCUUUCAGGGCACUAUGCUAAUGAGCAUGAGCCGCUUGUGUCGGCAGGUAGUCGCCCGGAGCCGUAUGGAUCAUACUCUGUCCGCACUUCUAAGGGUUCGGUCAGUGACUUAAAUGCUUCGCAACAAACCUACGUGCCGAAGUAUAAAAAGCGAAGUCGUGCCCCAGCCCCCGGAGUGUGUCAUUCAUGUGGCAAUAGCGAUACGCCCGAAUGGCGUCGUGGACCUGAUGGUGCGCGCACGCUUUGCAAUGCAUGUGGGUUGCACUUCGCUAAGUUAGUGCGACGCCGUACACUAGAAUAUGCAAGUGCGGCGCCCGGUGUUCCCAUCCCGCCUGUGACCAUUGCUGAGCUACGACAAUCGACUAAUGUGAACACAAAUUCACCCAGUGUUGCGCAAGCAGAUGAUGAGCGCGCACGGAUUGCCACGGAAACAUCAGCGUCUCUCCCCUUACGGUCGAGCACGGACGUA